CUGGUAGUCAGUGCGCUGUCAGCCUCCGCACCGUCGCGACGCCCCUCACUCAGUACGCGACGCCGAACGUCGCGACGUGCCGUUCCAAGUUACAGGAGGGCAUCGGAUGUGGUCCAGGUAUAUCUUUUGGUGAUCGAGUGUAUGUUUGGAUCGAAUGAACAGUGUCGGGAUUUUUCAUCCGGUUCACGCCCCUGGAAAAACACUAGGGAAUAAAACCUCGGCGGCGAUGAUAGUGCGGGGGUUGAAUUCAAUGAUAAAGGGAGAAAACGACUGAGAUUUUUUAAAGCGAUAUAAAAACAACGCCAAAAAUAUCACAGCCGUGGAAAAAGUUAGCGAGGAGUGCUUGUAAACAAAAAUCUCGAACAAUUGAAGCUCUUUGAAUUCACGAUCAAGUUUACGGAGUUUAAAAAAAAAAAGUAAAAAGUAAAAAGAACUCGAACUUCGACGAGCGGGAAGUUUGACAAAGUUUAAUGCAGCGUUAAACGGUGUAGGACUGCAAAAUUUUCGGAGUUUAUUUAAUCUGCGCUACCAUUUUUUAUUUCCUCUUUUUUUUUUUGUUCUCUGAAUCGAUUCGGUUCGAUAUAAUCUGUUGACGAGAUGAUUGUCCGAUUAUUUUAAAAGGAAUCAUCUUCACCGCGCCUUUCGAAAGGCGUGGAGAAAUGGAGCGAUACUCGGAGACGUCGAUGCAGUUCCACUGUUUCCGGUAGGAUCGGAAUAAAAAAUAAAUAAAUAAAAUAACCGACAAUGUGAUACCGAUUCUGCGGGUGCUGCAUAUGGAAAGAAUCGUUGUUCGGGCGCGGCGUUGCGGUUUAAAGCCGCACAGAGCGAUGCGGAGUGUAAAAGAUUACCUCGAGGCCUCGUUACUGAGGAGGCCAACUAACGGCCAAAGAUCUUCUUAGCGAUAAUCUGCAGCUGGAUAAAAGAACGGCUCCAAAGAUCAUGCUGGAACAGAAGCAAACCAUCCUCCUCGCGCCCGCAUUGAGCAACAGCAGCUGCUGGAGGAGCGGACCGAUGACUUCUUGGUCAGGACCUGGACUCGGGGAACUCGUCAGAGCCGCGCUUAUCCUCGCUCUCAGCCUCGGAAUCCUUUGUGCAAAUUUGCUCGUAAUUUGUGUCAUCAAUAGCCGAAGGUACAGCAAGUACAUACACGCGCAGCCCAGGUAUUUGCUGACCAGUUUGGCCAGCAACGACCUCGCCAUCGGCCUUUUGGUUACGCCAUUUGGAUUUCUCCCAGCAGUUUACGGGUGUUGGCCCUACGGAGAAGUCGCCUGUCAAAUUCAAGCACUUCUCAGGGGGGCCUUGACGCAGCAAAGUGCGGUGAUUCUGGUCUGCAUGGCGAUCGACAGAUACAUGUGCAUGCUUCACCCCCACCACUACCACAGGCAUUCGUCGAAGAAGUAUUACAUGCGGCAGGGUUGCGUUGCAGUGAUGUCGACAACAUGGAUAGCUAGCGUAGCGGUUUUUGGCGCACUCGUUCUCCCCAGAGGCGGUUACUACUUCAACGGAUCCGGUCUCCUUGCCUGCGACCCAUUUUUCGCCAGAGCAUCCCUCAGAAUACUCGCCUGUUGUUGUUUCUACUUCCCAACAACGAUGGUGCUAAUGUACUGCUACGGGUCGGCGUUUCACGUAAACAAACUCCGACUUAAGAGGGUCGUCUGCGUCAACGCACCGGAAGUAAUUAGCGGAGGCCACAUCGAGAGGCUGGUUGCCCACGAAAGACGAUUGUCCACGUCAGCCUCGCGGACAAUGGCUGCCAUGAGUUUGGGGUUCAUUGUGAUGGUUACUCCGUGGACAAUUCAGGAAGUGGUCGCGGCUUGUACCGGAAGUAAGCCACCUCCGUUUCUGGAUUUCCUAGCCACAUGGCUCGCUCUCUCUAACAGCUUUUGGAACCCCUUUCUCUACUGGUUGUUGAACAAUCAUUUUCGGCGAAUAUCCAAGGAGCUACUGUACACCAAGAUUUUAUGCAGACCGAAACCUCUGGGCCCAAAGCAGCACUGUUGCGCAACAAGUACCGGAGGGUUGGAUAUUUGUAGUAUCGGUGGUUUGGAUUUGUCAGGUAUGGAGAGGUGCUCGAUGGAAAGAUGUUCGAUGGCUCGAUGUUCGUCGCUCUCGUUGGCGCCGACCCCUCCGCCUCUGCCGUGGGAAACGGGACCGGCGUGCGGAGGAAGCGGAGUCGGAGUCGGAGUCGGAGUCGGUAUCGGGGGUGGCAGAGAGAGCCCCACGUGAGUGCGGAGUGUCGCCACGCAGACGGAGGACGAAAACUCGUCCCCUGAUCAUCGUUGCAGUUAGUACUGCGUGGCGGCGAAACUUCUUGCUAACAAAAACGGCGAGCAUUCUCACCUUCGUCUUCCUCAUUAUUAUUCCCAUCGACGUAGCGAUCGUCAAACUCGCCGAAGACACCGACUAUCCGACUAUUUCCAUAAUAUAUGUAAACUAACGAUCACCCGGUUGUCGAGUGUCGUCGGUGACGUUAUCCGAUCACGAAAUUUCUUUUAAAUUUUACCCGGUCUAUCGAAGAUUAUUGAAAACUGGCGAGGAAUUUUUUCAGACGUGCAUGAGUUAGAAAACCCGACGAUCUCGAUUCGAGCAUUAUAAUUAUGACGAUGAGUAUGUAAAUAAUGCUUUUCUUUUUUCGAUUCUAACGUGAAUUUCAAAGCAAAAAAAAAAAAAAAAAUCAAGAAAUUACAGAUUGCGAGAGGUAAAUUUUAGAAUGAUCAGCGGUUGCCAAUUUCUAAGCGAUAAUAAAGUAAUACUAUUAUACUUACAUAUAUAGACACGUAAAUAAUGAUGAAUAUAAAAUAUUAUGAUGUACAUACCUAAAUAUGUGACAUGUAUUGUAAUAGGUAUAAUAUUAUAGUAUGUGAAAAAAACUGUAAAAAAAAAAAACAGCAAUGAGAAAAAUCAAUCAACGUAUUUACUAACGGUAGUUACGCAGUUACGAUAUUUAUAAUUACUAAUCGAUUUGAAAAUUGAAUGUUGAAAGCUGUGAGUGGAGACAUAAUAAUUUAGUUAUUUGGAUACGAAGCACGAGACGCUUCAUUCAUAAUUAAGCGACGCAAUUCGCGUAUACGUGGAAGAGGAUGAAAGUGAAUAUUGAAACUCGAUAAUUAAUUUCAGUGACGAUAUAAAUGAAGCAAAGGAAAAAAAAAAAAAAAAAUGAAACGAAAUUGUGAAGUUUUGAAUUCGUGGGAUUGGUAUGAUAAUGGACCAAAUCGACUGUAUUAUCUGCCUGUAUUAAAAUGAUUGCGUGGAGUUUGUCCUUAUUUUCUGCAUUUCAGUAUAAGGUGAAACUAGAAACAGCUGUGCAGCGCAACGUUGUUUAAACUUAUCGUUCCUCAAGAAACGCAUUAUUAUACGCGACAAAUGUGUUCAUAAACAUAUUAUAAUUUAAUGUUCAAAGUGUCUUGACCGUGUUUUAAUAAAUUCACAUCGUUAGGUCAAAAGUCCACCUUAGAAUGGUGCGAUGUAUUUUCACGAAGAUUAAAAUGUACAGAAAACAACGUGAUCGGUGUUGACUCCAUAUUUUUAUUCCGUCGACAAUUGAUUCUUAUUUUUUUCCAAUCGAUCGAUUGCCUCGUUCAUUUUCCCUCUCAUAUCUUCGAAUUUGAGUCAGACAAUUUCGAUAGCGAAUAAUUCGAUGAACUAUAAAUCACAUUCAUCGUGCACAUACAAUCAAGUAAUUAAUUAAAUCGUGGGCUUACAACUUCGUAAAAUUGUUGUAAACGGGAUUAAUUAUUAAACCGUUGAUUACUUGAACAUAAUAGAUUAGAUAGUACGAUAAUGAAUGUAGAAAGAAACAAAUGAAAAAAUAGGGCAAAGAAAUGGAGCGUUGUAAACUUGGAAGAGAACAAAAUAGUUACGGGUAACGCGCGUUUCUCUCGAUAAAUAUAUAAAUAAAACGCGAUUAUAAAUGUUUACGUUACCAGCUACUAAAAAAAAUUUCUACCGAGAUCUAUGAUAUGCGGAUAAUUUACUAAUUAUGAAUAAAACUUGCAGAAAAAAUAAUAUAUAGUAAAGAGACGUGAUAUCUCGAACAUAAUUGAGGGGUUAGAAUAUAAAUACUUUGAUACUCUUCGAGGAAACUUUUGUUAUAAAUUUAUAUGUAUAAAAUAACAUUAUAAUUAAUAUUAUUCAUUACGAUUGUAUACACGUCUGAUUUUGCGAUGGUAAUGACAACUGCGAUAGGAAACAUAAAAAAAUAUUCACGUUGAUCGCGAAUAUAAUUGUUAUAAUUUAUAGGUACUUGCAUACGUACGUAUAUACACAUAAAUGUAUAAAUAAUUAUUCUCGAGAGAAUGAAUAAUUGCCAAAGAAAUAAAUAAAAUAAAAUGUUUAAGCCAGUAAAAAAAAAAAAAAAUUAACGCACAACCGAGAGCGAGUAACUAAUUUCAUUGAGAUAAGAUGAAAUUUUUCAGUAGCUAGAAUAUUUAUAAUAAUAUUUGUUAUCGACGUAACUGAUCGAUCUGUGCAAUAUACAUAAGAUUUCCAUAAACAAAUUUUUUCCCCUUUCCCGGCCAUUAAACUACGAUAUACUGUAUACCGAUUUAGAAAAUAAUGUGACAUAAGACUAUUAAAAAGAAGAGAAAAUAAUAAUUAUGAUCGAAUAAACUUUGAAAUGAACUGUGAAGUGACCGAAUUCAAAAUUCUUUCCGAGUUGGCGUAUCGUGCCGUCUGUGGAUUAAUUUUUUUAUUUCUUUUAUAGCGGCGCAGUUUCCGCUGCUAAUUGCAAUAUACCUAUACUUGGGCAAUAUAUUCUCACUAACAUACCUCUAUAAGGUUGUCUCCUGUAUUCUUGUCGGAGAACGAUAGACGCAAGGAGUUUCGGCGUCGGGAUGUCGCCUUUGAAAACGGAGGAAAGUGCGCCCUGCAGAGGCGUCACCGAGUAAAGAAUUACUUCCGUCCAUUUUCCGCAAACUUCCGGACUCUCCGAUAUCCACCCUUUCAGGAUACGAAGGACUUCUCAGCUGAAAUGAACCAGGCUCAUAAUGAAGGACGACAAUCCCAUGUGUCAUUUACCGCACACAUUCUUUGGGAUUUGAUAUGCUUACAAGUUAUGGUAGUUUCUUGGUAAUAGCAGUUGGAUGAAGAAUAAUAUUCUGCAGCAGAAAUCAUCAGAGGACGAGUUUCAGCUGCCCAGGAACGAGUUCGCCAUAUGUCCUGAACACAAGACUCGGCGAUCUAUCCACGAGAUCGUUUAUCACCACGAUAUUCGUCAAAUUUUUGAUCGAGUGAAUGCUAUUUCAUAAAUUAUUCAUUAUAUAGCUAUAAGUCGACCGCUUCUUAAAAAAUAUCAAUUAUAUCCAGAUGUUAAUUCAAAUAACAAGUAAUCCCAAUUGUAAUGCAAUAUAUUUUCAUUGUCAGUAAGGAAAGUGUUUAUGCAAUAACAUAAUCGUAUUGUACAUGAUAAUGUAUAACAGGUAUAACAGGUAUUCAAUAAAAAUUGACUAC